AUGGCUCCAUCGACAACGACUGCUCAGGUGGACGUGGUCAAGUACGAGGACCGACCUGUGCCUGAGAUCAAGGACCCGCUUGACGUGAUCGUGAACGUCCACUUCACGGGAAUCUGUGGUAGUGAUGUGCACUACUACACGCACGGCUGUAUCGGCAAGUACGUGGUGGACAAGCCCAUGGUGCUAGGCCACGAGUCUGCUGGCGUCGUCCACGCCGUGGGAUCCCCCGUCAAGUCUCUCAAAGUAGGUGACGAAGUGGCCAUGGAGCCGGGUGUGCCGUGCCGCCGUUGCGUCCGCUGUCUCGAGGGAAACUACAACUUGUGUCCGGAUAUGGCGUUCGCAGCCACGCCGCCGUACGACGGCACACUGGCCAAGUUCUACCGCAUGCCGGAGGACUUCUGCUACAAGCUGCCGUCCAACGUUAGUAUGCAAGAGGGAGCGAUGCUCGAACCCACAGCCGUGGCCGUUCACUUCUGCCGUCUGGCCAAGGUGUCCCCGGGUCAGAAAGUCGUCGUGUUUGGUGUCGGUCCCGUGGGUCUGUUGACCUGCAAAGUGGCUCGUUACGUGUUCGGAGCCACAACAGUCGUCGGUGACGGUGCCGACGUCGUCAUCGACGCGAGUGGAGCGGAGCCCUGCAUCCAGACGGCAAUCUACGUCGCACGCAACGGUGGCACGUUCACCCAGGGAGGUAUGGGCAAGACUGACAUCACGUUCCCCAUUGGCAUCAUGUGUGGCAAGGAGCUUCACGUGACUGGCAGUUUCCGGUACUCUGCUGGCGACUACCAGCUAGCGCUUGACAUGAUUGCUAGUGGUAAACUGAGCGUCAAGGAGCUCAUUUCCGAGACCGUCCCGUUCGAGCAAGCCAAGGAGGCUUUCGACAAUGUCAAGCGCGGCAACGGCAUCAAGUGGCUAAUUGAAGGACCCAAGAAUUGA